UCGAUAGCAACAGCUGAUUUAGUGUUUUGGUUUUUGGUGGCAGCGGUGGAAGCUUUCUUCUCACGUAGGCAAGAUUAAACAUUCCAUCGCUGGAUUCUCGAUUUCGGACGACCCUGCUCUUCGUCUGAUCGGACAUAAUGAUGAACGACCAGUUCAGGAAGGUGGAGCCGUACUCGCCCAAGUCGUCGCCGAGGGGCUCCCGGUCCCCCGUCGUGUCCAGGCAGGACUCGACGGGCACCCUUAAAACAACUAUUUCGCUCGGCAAAAACCCAUCCAUCGUCCACAGUGGCCCUUUCUACUUGAUGAAGGAACCACCUGGAGAGAGUGAAAUAACUGGAGCAACCAACUUAAUGUCACAUUAUGGAUUAGAACACUCAUAUGUUAGGUUUAGUGUGAAAAAACUGAAGGAAACUCUCUCCAGUUUCCUGCCGACCCUGCCUGGGAUGAUCGACACUCCUGGCAGCGCUGACAAUAGUUCUCUUAGGUCAUUAAUUGAAAAACCACCAAUCGGUGGCAAGGAACUUCUUCCCCUCUCUAGUGUACAAUUAGCUGGAUUUAGACUUCAUGCAGGACCGUUACCUGAACAAUACCGGUCGAUGUACCAAGCGCCCCAGAAGAAGCACAAGAGUAAACACAAAAAGCACAAGCACAAGGCAGGAGACACUCCGAGCCAGGAGCCAAGCCUUGCCGAGACCGCGCAGGAAACGCACGAGAAGAAGCACAAGAAGCAGAAGAGACAUGACGAGGACAAGGAACGCAAGAAGAGGAAAAAGGAGAAGAAGCGCAAGAAGCAGAAACACAGUCCUGAACAUCCAGGUGGAGUUCCCAUGCCUCAGAUGCACUCUUCUGUCUAGCCAAAGAACUUUGUUUUUGACUUCUAGAAAGCGGAAAAUGACUGUUCUGCGCUCGCUAACUGUAUGUCAAUUGGGGAAAAGACCAAUUUGUAACGAUUCCAACUUGUAUUAUAUAUUUAUGGCCGAAUUACAUAGAAACUAUGAUGAGAAAA